GAUUUAUUAAAUCAAAUUAUAACUUUAAUGAAGCCAUUUGAUAAUGCUACUACUUAUUUUAGUAGCUCAAAGUAUACUACUUUAUCAAUUAUUUACUCUUUAACUCAAGCUCUUAAAUACACCUUCACUGAUAUUGAAAUAACAGAAGAUAUUUUAAUUAAAGUGAGUAAUUAUAGUAAAACAAAAUAG